UGUGUGCUGAAGAACAUUUGAAAGGGGCUCAUCAUCAUCGUACAAUGAUCUCCAAAAUACUCCUCAUCUUCCUCCCAGCAGUUCUGGCCGAAAUCAACGUCAACAUCUUCGACAAUGAAGUCCAAUUCUUCGGAGACACCAAAGACAUCAUCAGCGACGCUGAACGGUCCACCUUCCGUAUCGAAGACAAUCAGCUCAAAGAUGCUAUUAACAAAUACACCCAGGGCAGGCCUGAUGAUGCUUAUGUAAAAAGUCCUACUCCUUGGAAUGAUCUGUACAAAGUCUAUGGAUGGUCCGAAGUUAGAAGGACUUUAAAAGUCAGAAGUGCAAGAGUACUGAACAAAAGAAGUGAACCUCAGAUUUUAUCAACCAAGAAAUUCCACAAUGGUAGCCCACGACCUGCUACUUACGUUGGAGAUGUUUCUCAAUUUGAAGAUAAUACUAUCACUCAUAAAUGGACCAAAGCUGGAUCUUUGUCAAUCGGUCAGAAGAUCAAUUAUAAUGUGAACCUAGGAGUCGGUAGCGUCGGUGGAGCAACCAGCUUUGCUUUCAAAAGCACUUUUGGAGAAGAAUCUGUUAACACUGUGACUACUAAGCUUGGAUCUAAAUCUUCUAUAUCCAUCACUCUACAGCCUGGACAAUCUGCUGUGGCAGUGUUAACUGCUAAUAAAGGAUCUAUGGAUGUAGAAGUGGAAUAUGAGGCUAGUUUAGAAGGGGCUGUAGCCACGAAUUUUGGGAAGACGCAUAAGGGGCAUCAUUUCUGGUCGUUUGACAUUAAUGGAGUUUUGGAAGCUGGUGGUUUGCCGAAGACUGUUGUAUGGAAGGAGGUGCUGAAUAUUGGGUUCUAUGCCAAUGAGAGUGUUACAGCUCAUGAUGGUAAUGGGAAUCCAAUUCAUUAACUUCUUUGAUUAUUAACGACCGGGGUGGCUCAGUCGGCAGUGACCCUGCCUGCUAAGCCGCGGUCCUGGGUUCGAAUCCCGGUAAGGACAUUUAUUUGUGUGAUGAGCACAGAUAUUUGUUCCUGAGUCAUGGAUGUUUUCUAUGUAUAUA